GCCAAGAAACAGCAGAUGUCCAACAGCAGCUCCAUCACCCAGUUCCUCCUCCUGGCAUUCGCAGACACACGGGAGCUGCAGCUCUUGCACUUCGGGCUCUUCCUGGGCAUCUACCUGGCUGCCCUCCUGGCCAACGGCCUCAUCAUCACGGCCAUCGCCUGUGACCACCGCCUCCACACCCCCAUGUACUUCUUCCUCCUCAGCCUUGCCCUCCUUCACCUGGGCUCCAUCUCCACCACUGUCCCCAAAGCCAUGGCCAAUUCCCUCCGGGAAACCAGGGCCAUCUCCUACACAGGAUGUGUUGCACAGGUCUUUUUUUUCUUUUUUUGUGCUGCAGCAGAGUUUUAUCUUCUCACUGUCAUGUCCUAUGACCGCUACGUGGCCAUCUGCAAAGCCCUGCACUACGGGACCCUCCUGGGCAGCAGAGCUUGUGUCCACAUGGCAGCAGCUGCCUGGGGCAGUGGGUUUCUCACUGCUCUCCUGCACACGGCCAGUACAUUUUCCCUACCCCUCUGCCAGGGCAAUGCUGUGGACCAGUUCUUCUGUGAAAUCCCCCAGAUCCUCAAGCUCUCUUGCGCAGACUCCAACCUCAGGGAAGCUGGGCUUCUGGUGGUUAGUUCCUGUUUAGUCUUUGGGUGUUUUCUGUUCAUUGUAGUGUCCUACAUGAAGAUCUUCAGGGCCGUGCUGAGGAUCCCCUCUGAGCAGGGACGGCGCAAAGCCUUUUCCACAUGCCUCCCUCAUCUGGCCGUGGUCUCCCUGUUUGUCAGCACUGCCAUGUUUGCCUACCUCAAGCCCCCCUCCAUCUCCUCCCCCGUAAUGGACCUUCUGGUUUCAGUGCUGUACUCGGUGGUGCCUCCAGCAGUGAACCCCCUCAUCUACAGCAUGAGGAACCAGGAGCUCAAGGAUGCCCUGUGGAAACUGGUGACUGGAUGGUUUUCAGAAGCUGCAGAGUGUUCAUGUUCUUCAGCAUAUGACUCAUAA